GCCACGUCGGCAGCGUUGGAUUUGCAGAGGGACCGGGAAAGUGUUUGUGAGAGACCGGGGUUGAGGGAGCCUGCAGCGGCGUUCCCCCGAUCACCAGAGCCGGGGAAGCAUACCGCAGAAUGGUGAAGGUUGUGAAUGGUCCAGAAAUGAACCGAUCACCAUCCCAAAGCAAGAAGGAGCAUGACAUUUUUGAGAAUGAACAAACUGAAGUUCCUGACUCAUCAAAGGAUCACCCCAACACAGAAAGUGGAAUGAUCUGGAAAGUGACUGGGGGCCUCUACAAUAUCACCAAGGGAGCUGUUGGUGCCACGGUGGGUGGUGCUGUUUGGCUUGGCGGCAAAGGGCUAGCGGUGACAAAGACAGCGGUCACUUCAGUGCCAGCGGUUGGCAUGGGACUGGUAAAGGGUGGCGUGUCGGCUGUGGCAGGAGGUGUCUCGACAGUGGGGUCAACUGUGGCUGGGAAAGUGCCCUUCACAUCUAAGAAGAAAGACAAAUCUGACUAACGAGUCAACCUGCGGGGGCCUGAUAUGGACACACAUCACCUGGACUGUACCAGUUUGUUGGUUACGGGAGGGGUAUGGGUGGGGAGGGGUUGUGACAUUCACCAUUUUGUCUGGAAGCUUGUGGUCAGACUGUUGGAAGCAUCAGCCUCUGAAGUUGACUCUUGCCUGAUGUGUACUGCUUUCCCUGAAUGGGACAUCAGGCGACCUGGGGACACCUGGGGAGCUGAUCCAUCCAUGGAAGCCAAUUCACCUACAGAAGAGAAGCUUAAAUCUUUUCCGUGUCCCCAAUCAGAGGGCAGUCUGAGCACUGCUGUCACCAUGGGAGAUGUUACCCCAUGCCCCCCUGCAUCCCCCUCUAACCUCCAUCCUCCAAUCGUCAAGAGAAAACAUGCUGAAGUUAACUGAAUUCUCAUUUAAAUGCAAGUGAGACACAAAGACAGCAACAAAGGAGCCCCAGCUUAUCAGCUAUCCUCUGGGUGACAGUAGGCCUCAUAAAUGCAGUGUGUGAGGCUAACCAUCCCAACCUAAGCCAUGGCAAUGUUUCAAGAGCUACCCCCCUUCCCCUGUAAUGGAGUGAUCUUUCUGUGAAUGUUGAAUUUGAACAGGGGAUGAAUUUUGUUCCAAAUGAAUUGACAUCUCCUUUGUUUCUGGUUUCCUGUUUAAACUUUGUUUGUCUUCACAACAAUGUCCUUGCUGUCGAUUGUUGCGACUUUACUAUCGAUAUUCCCACAACCUGAGCUGUGGGAAAAUAUUUUACUGAGACCCGUGUUUUUGGUAAGUUUUCUGGCUGAUGGCUGUUGGUUUUGGGGAAUGGAACUCCCCAUUUCACACAAACACAACCCUGUCAGACACCUAGCUCUGUCUGCCCCAUGCAAAGUGUGGGUUGAACAGAACUAAUCCUGUCACCCACCCAGCUAGGAGUGUUCCAUACCCUGUAUUUGAAAACGUCGAUAAACAAGCAGAAAUACAUCCUCCUGUAUCUGAGCUGUUGCUUCCUGCUGUUCAUGCAUUGUAAACAAUGGUUGCUUUGUUCGAUACCCAGUCUGGUACUCUGCUAGUUUGAAAGGGCUAAGGCUGGUUUCUGAAUAGCAUAUUGUAACUAAGUUUGGGUUUUUCAAAGUACUUAUUGAGUCAGAAUAGACUGAGACAUUGGGUUGUAUUCUGACAUUUCCUGUUUCUGAAGUUAGUAAUGAUUGUUAAUAGUACAGUAAUGUAAGUAAGUCAUUGAGCCCUUUUGAGCCACAUCAAAUAAAAGUGGGAUUUGCAAAUUAUUUAAAUAACUAGAGCGUCUCACAAAGCAAAUGUCAAACCAAAAACAUCACCUCUGUUUGCAGCUACCUCACUAUUGUGUGUUUAUAUACAAUAGUGUCAUAAGGGGAGGUAGAUUACCUAGAGGUGGUUCUGUGUGGUUCCUGACCUCAUAUGUGUGUGCGUGUGUGUGUUGUGAUAGUUGUCAACUGCACUUGACCUGAAUUCUAGAAAGUUUUUAUCACAUCCAGUUGAAGCACUCCCACACUCUUGCUAUUGAUUGCUGUACACAGCAAUUAGUCAAUAAUGUCUGCUGCAAUACCCACAAUUCUCUGAGCACCCCAAACUGCUCUAUCUAUUUUACUGGUUACUGCAUUCAUACAAUAGGACCUGAUUGGGUCCACUGUGAGUCCGCUGCUGCUUGUGAGUCCAAUCAGUACAAAAGUGGAGAAAGGAACACCCCUAUGAUUUUCUUCUGAUGUAGGAGAUUAAUAAUUAUUUCCAGGAUAAUGCAGAGUAUUGAUAACUCUGGUGUAUGCUAUAGCAAGUGACCUGCAUUUGACAAUCUCAUGACUGCCCUGAUUUUCAUCCUCCCAUCUCUGAAGUCCAUGGGUGGGCUGUGUGUUAACUGUAACCACACCAAGUUAUAUGCCAGCUGGGCCAUAGCUGGUUGCUGACCCUUACAUUUGUGGAAUAAACUCUUUGUGGUAAUCUAAGGUGAGCUGUAUCUGAAAAAAAAUUAAAUUGAUUUUAUUGCAUGAGACCUGGGAUUUUUAGCAUUGUUUAGGGGAUCAUAUGUGGCAGCUCAAACCUUUUUCCUUCCUGUGAAAAUCUCCAUGGUUGUAAAAUUAACCUGCAUGGUACUGGGAUUGUAGCUAUCGAAAGUCCACUUGGUAUUGUUUUUCACCUCUGGAUUAUGCCUGAUGUAUCCUGGUUUUGUAGCAUUUAUAGCAGUGUGCCUCUGGUCUCUGAGUUCAACAGGACUCCUGUGCAGGCCUGACUUUUGUGGGCUUACCUGAGCCCAAAACGUUAAGCUGAAAAUUGAGCUUUGGAUAAAAAGCACAGGCCUUCCAUGUUACAGUUUAUGUUUUAGAGAUCUUUUAGCCUCCCUUGCCUAUAACUGGCUUCCCUGUCCCACCAGUUGGAUUUUGGUCAGAUUUACAGUCACAUGGGUGAAUAAGGUUGAUGGAGUUGGAGGUAUGUUUCUCCCCAUCACACGUGGAGGUAUUGUUCUGAGUCAGUAUGGGAUACCUGCUCUAUAUAGUGCCCACAUUGAUAUACGUUGGGAUAAUAUGUGACAAAAAUUAAAACUAGAGUUGGCAGAAGAUUGUCUAAUUCAUGCUUUUCUGUCCUUGUACUUCAGUUGAUGGACCGAGGCUGUGUUUAGAUAAUUGGCAGGGUUGUACGUGUACAUGAAACACUUCUCAAUCAGUAUUGUAUUUUACAUCUUUCAAUGAAUAAAUCUUUUUACUCAAA